AUGGCUCACCAUAAUGAAGACGAAGGGUCUAUUGGGACUUCCAUGCAUGGAGUCACGGCGAGGGAACAAGUUUUCUCCUUCUCUGUCCAAGGAGAAGAUGAUGGCCCGUCAUCCCAUACCGUCCGUUUUGAUGAUCCAACAGCUAAGUUUGCCCUGCCGGUUGACUCAGAACACAGGGCAACAGCGUUCAAACCAUUUUCAUUUGCGAAGCCACACAUGAGAGCUUUCCACUUAGGAUGGAUCUCUUUCUUCACUUGCUUUAUAUCCACCUUUGCCGCCGCACCUCUGGUUCCUAUCAUCAGAGAUAACCUCGAUUUGACCAAAAGUGAUAUUGGAAAAGCAGGAGUCGCUUCCGUUUCCGGUGCCAUUUUCUCAAGGCUCGCUAUGGGAGCUGUUUGUGACUUGCUCGGGGCUAGGUACGGAACGGCGUUUCUGCUAAUGCUAUCCGCCCCAACAGUGUUUAGCAUAUCCUUUGUAUCUGAUGCUGGUGGCUACUUAUCCGUCCGGUUCAUGAUUGGUUUUUGUCUAGCCACGUUUGUGUCUUGUCAGUACUGGACCAGCGUGAUGUUCAACGGUAAGAUCAUUGGACUCGUCAAUGGAUGUGCUGGUGGCUGGGGAGACAUGGGAGGAGGCGUAACUCAGCUACUCAUGCCGAUGGUUUUCCACGUCAUCAAACUCGCUGGAGCCACUCCCUUCACGGCCUGGAGGAUUGCGUUCUUCAUUCCCGGAUUUCUUCAGGUCAUCAUGGGUAUUCUUGUGCUCACUCUUGGACAAGAUCUUCCUGAUGGAAACCUUAGUACUCUACAGAAGAGAGGAGAGGUUUCCAAAGACAAAUUCACCAAGGUGUUUUGGUAUGCUGUUUUGAACUAUAGAACAUACGUUUUGUUCCUUCUCUAUGGAUUUUCCAUGGGAAUCGAAAUGACCAUCAACAAUGUCAUCUCCGAGUAUUUCUUCGACAGGUUUCAGCUUGAACUACACACUGCUGGUAUGAUAGCAGCCAGCUUUGGUAUGGCUAACUUCUUCGCUCGUCCGCUUGGUGGAUACGCAUCUGACAUUUCUGCUAGGUUUUUCGGUAUGAGAGGGCGGUUAUGGACCCUUUGGAUCUUACAAACUUCUGGUGGUAUUUUCUGUGUUUGGCUCGGCCGUGCUACUUCACUUCCUAUAGCUAUUUUAUCCAUGAUGCUCUUCUCCGUGGGCGUGCAAGCAGCUUGUGGGGCCAUCUUCGGCAUCGUUCCUUUUGUCUCCCGCCGCUCUCUAGGGCUAAUAUCUGGAUUGACCGGCGCAGGAGGAAAUUUUGGGUCGGGGCUAACUCAAUUGAUCUUUUUCUCUUCAUCCAGAUUCCAUACUGCCGAUGGUUUGUCGCUGAUGGGAAUCAUGGGGAUGAUUUUUACACUUUUAGUUGCGUUUAUACAUUUUCCGCAAUGGGGAAGUAUGUUUUUUGGACCAACAAGUGACGAGAAAAAAUCAAAGGAAGAGCAUUAUUAUGCGGCGGAGUGGACUGAGGAAGAGAAACGGCAAGGAUUGCAUGAAGGUAGCCUUAAAUUUGCAGAAAAUUGUCGAUCUGAAAGAGGCAGAAAGGCGGCUUCAGACGGAUCCUCCCCCUCCACGCCGCCUGAAAAUGGAAAUCCGGCUCAUGUUUAA